UCUGGCCAAUAUGGCGGCCCCCAGCUGCAAGACAGAGCCGGUCCGGAGGCUGCGGCCGGCCUCUUGAGGAGAUGAGACAACUGAGACUCAAAGAGGUUAAGGCCCUCGUCCGAGAUCACGCUGCAAGUCAGUAGCAGGCGGGGAUUCGAACCCGGGUCUGCCGGUUUUUCCCGAGGGUCGCAGAAUCUUGGCAGCCGGCCGCAGAGCUGCUGUGGUCAUCUGACAAGCAAUCAUGAGCUGGGUCCAAGCCAUCCUGCUGGCCCGGGGUCUCUCUCGAGGCUGGGGAGGCAUCUGCGGGCCCACCCUGACAGGAGCCCCCUUCUCUCAGGUCGCCUCCCAGGUCCUGCGGGGCCUCCACUGCAGUGCAGCCACCCACAGCUCCCACUCUGACUCUUCGCUGGUCCCAGACCCCCCUGAGCUUUCAAGGAGGCCCAUCAAGGCCCUGGUACCCCACGAGGAGCUGUUUGGGCAGGCGCCUAGUGGGGAGCGGGACAAGGCGAGCUUUGUGCAGGCCGUGCAGAACUUCAGGCAGCACAGCGUGCGCAAGCGGGGCCACGUGGACUUCAUCUACCUGGCCUUGCGCAAGAUGCGGCAGUAUGGCGUCGAGCGGGACCUGGCCGUCUACAACAUGCUGCUCGACAUCUUCCCCAAGGAGGUCUUCCGGCCACGCAGCAUCAUCCAGCACAUCUUCGUGCACUACCCUCGGCAGCAGGAGUGUGGUGUCGCUGUCCUGGAGCAGAUGGAGAACCACGGGGUGAUGCCCAACAAGGAGACGGAGUUCCUGCUGAUUCAGAUAUUUGGACGGAAAAGCUACCCCAUGCUUAAGUUCCUGCGCAUGAAGCUGUGGUUCUCCCGCUUCAAGAACAUCAACCCCUUCCCAGUGCCCCGAGACCUGCCCCAGGACCCCGUGGACCUGGCCAAGUUGGGCCUGCGGCACAUGGAGCCCGACCUUAGUGCCAGGGUCACCGUCUACCAGAUGCCUUUGUCCAAAGACUCUACAGGGGCAGCGGAUCCCACCCAGCCCCACAUUGUAGGAAUCCAGAGUCCUGAUCAGCAGGCCGCCCUGGCUUGCCACAACCCAGCCCGGCCUAUCUUCGUUGAGGGCCCCUUCUCUCUGUGGCUCCAAGAUAAGUGUGUCUAUUACCACAUCCUCAGAGCUGACUUGCUGGCCCCCGAGGAGAGGGAAGUGGAGGAGAUUCCAGAGGAGUGGAACCUCUACUACCCCAUGCAGCUGGACCUGGACUAUGGGAGGAGCAGCUGGGAUGACUACGAGUUUGACAUCGAGGAAGUGGAGGAAGGCCCUGUCUUCGCCAUGUGCAUGGCGGGUGCCCACGACCAGGCCACACUGGCCAAGUGGAUCCAGGGCCUGCAGGAGACCAACCCUGCCCUGGCCCGGAUCCCGGUGGUCUUCCGCCUGGCAGGGUCCACUGGGGAGCUCCUGGCAGCCUCCCCAGGCCUGGAGGAGCCGCCACCACCGCCACCAGCACAGGGCCAGGAGGAAGAGGAUGACAACCUGCAGCGGCGGCAGCAGCAAGGCCAGAGCUGAGCCUGGAGCAUAGGCUAUGGCCGAGGAGA